AUGACUGUAAUUUUCGGUGAUAUGCUCCAUGACACCAUUGAAUGCUAUGUUGAUGAUCCCGUCGUCAAGACUAAGGAGAAGGAAAACCAUGUGGAAGAUUUGAGAAGAAUCUUCGAAUGUUUGAGGAGAUACAAACUCAAGAUGAAUCCACUAAAAUGUGCAUUUGGAAUUUCCUCAGGAAAAUUUCUAGGGUUUGUGGUUCGAAACAAAGGGAUUGAAAUUGCCCCUACUAAGAUUAAAGCCAUUGCUGAAAUGCCUCCUCCGCAAAAUUUAAGGGAAUUGAAGGGGCUACAAGGGAGGUUGGCUUGUAUCAGAAGAUUUAUUUCAAACUUGGCUGGUCAAUGCUUGGCAUUUUCAAGAUUGAUGAAAAAGGGUGUUCCAUUUGAAUGGGAUCAACAGUGCCAAAACGCUUUUAAUAACAAUGCUAUAAUCACCCAUUCUUUCGCCUUAAGUGAAGGAUGCUCCAAUCAUGAGGCAGAAUAUGAAGCUGUAAUUGCUGGAUUAGAAUUGGCAUUACAAAUUCCUAUUGAAGAACUCUCAAUUUAUCGAGAUUCAGAACUGGUGGUAAAGCAACUCCAUGGAGAAUACAUUGUUAAGAAAACAAAUCCCAUCCUGUAUCAUGAAAGGGCUGAUCAAUUGCUUUCGCAAUUCAGGAAAACGCAUAUUUUCCAUGUAAAGAGAAGAACAAAUGCUCGAGCUGAUUCACUUGCAACAUGGGGUAUGGAUAUUAUUGGGGUCCUUUUACCUCCAUCUUUAGCAGGAUAUCGAUACAUCCUAGCUGCUACUGACUAUUUCUCAAAAUGGGCAGAGGCCGUGGCUUUAAAGGAUAUAAAAAGCACAGUUGUCUCUGAAUUCAUCCGAACCCAUAUCAUUUACAGGUUCGGGAUUCCAAAAAGUAUCAUCAUGGAUAAUGGACAGCCAUUCAAGAGUGAUGCUUUGAACAAGUUAUUUGCAAAGUACAAUAUAAAAAACAACCAUUCAUCAAGAUAUCAUGCACCUGCCAAUGGUUUGACAGAAGCUUUCAACAAGACAUUGUGCAAAAUUCUCAAGAAGAUGGUGGAUAAGAACAAAAAAGCUUGGCACGAAAAGUUACAAGAAGCUUUGUGGGCUUAUUGGACUUUGCACAGAACUCCUACUUAA